AUGUUUAGUGCAGUAGUCCUCGGUUGCAUCCUGCUGACCCACGCGGAACCACCGGCAUCGGUUAACAGCUAUUCUAUCAACGGAGAGAACAAUGGAUUCGAGUAUAACAGCAAUAUUAUCAACGGUGCCUACAUACCUGGGAAAGAAGGUCAUAGAGAAAACAUGGACUUUUACGGUGGAGGAAAUACUGGACACUCGUUGACCAACAGCAGGAGCCAAGGAAAUCUCGAUGAAAGUUUAAGGAGCAGCUCUUAUAACGGAUUUUCACCCAGUUCCCAUAAUACUGGUUUCUCUACUACUUAUACUACUGCUGCCACUCACGAUAAUCUUGCGUCGAGCUCUUAUUUCCCUAACAACGCUGCACAAUCCAGUUAUGAUAGUUAUAAUAAUAACAACAAUGCUGAUUCGGCUUUCGAGGCUUACACGCAAGGCAGCGAUCAAGCUGGAUCGGAUUUCAAUCAAUUCUCCGCUAACAAGCACAAGAAUCCUUCUUAUAUGAGAUUUUCCGAUAACAUAUCCGGUGCUACUAGCACAGGAAGCUAUCCAGAGACUUCAGAGGCUUCUUCUUUCAGAGGAGAUUAUUCUGGAGAUUCUUUUAGGAGUCACACAUCUCAAAAUACAGGAUUCAUAGACAAUGCUGACCCAGCUUUCAACAGAGAAGUUUCUAAUUUCUUCAACAGCCCUAGUACCGAUUAUUCGUACGGAAAGCAUAAAGAAAAUACUUUUGGAGGAAGUAACAAGUUCAUGACCGACAUCUACUCCAUGAAUCCUGAUACUCGCUACGUGCGAGGAAAUCACGGGAAUGUGGGUCGUGAUUAUACUUCUUCUAUGUUUCUGGCCAACUCUGGCCAAAGCAGUCCUUUCGGCAACGUUCGAGGAAACGCUGGUGCUUAUGGAUCAGGAAAAUUCGGCAAGUAUAAUAAGCAUUCGGGUGACUAUACCUCCAGCGCAGGUUUGAACUACCUUUCGAAGGAGCAAGACGUUGAUUACUUGCUCAGUAGUUAUGGUAAAGGCAGUGGAAAACUGGCCGUGAUAAAAGAAGGUAGACCGAGCAGUUAUGUUAGCCAAUCUUAUCUUGGCGGACCUUCGUACCUUAAUAAGAUUAUUGGAAGUUAUAAGAGUAAACCCAGCUUCAUGAAUUCAUAUCAUAGCAGUUCACCGAUUGGUUAUUCAUCGAUGUCUGGCUUACAUGGUAGUUCCAGUGGUAAUAGUUAUGCAGAUAGUCCACCACUGAGAAGAUAUCGGAGCAACAGCUAUAUACCAGGGCAUGUUAGUCCAUAUCCCGGUUAUUAUUGAUACGUUAGACAAGCGUGAGGGAAGUAUGUUAUGUUAUGUUUUGUACAUAUUUAUUAUAUGAAAUAUUUAAUUUUAAUUAAAUACUGUUUGUUUGUUGUUUAAAAUAAAAUUAUUGUAUAAAUAA